UGUCCAAAAGUACAACUUAGAUGGGUCCGGGGAUAUCGCUGUGAAGGACUCGCAGCAGCCCAUUGGAUUAACAUUUGUCGGAAAAAGGGAACAUAGAGAAAAGAGAGAUUCUCAAAUCCAUUUUUAAGGAGAGGCGUGAAGUUCUGGUGUGGGGAAGCACUUGAUUGAAGCAGCUGUGUGGUGGUGGUCCUGUGUGAUUUGCGGCGGAACACGGCGGCGUUGAUGGUGGUGCCAGAAAAUGUGAGGAGAGGAAGUGAUAUGCGAAGGAGAUCUGGUGCGGUGUCGUAGAACAUGAACGGCAUUUUCGAGUUUGGCCAUUUUUCUCCUAUCUGACCUCCUUCAUUGCCGAUCCGACCAUUCCAGAGAGCUCACACUGGUUUCUGGACUCUUCUCUGUCCGAUCGGAUUGUUGUUCAUGUAGAUUGUACAGUUGAACAUUUGAAGGUAAGAUGUCCUUCAAAAGCAUUGUACGCGAGCUGAGGGAGAUGAAAGAUGGGAUUGGGAGCAUGCCAAAAAGAGGGGUGGAAGGCAAGCAUUGGCGCAAUCGAACCCGAUCGCAUAUUGCCCCUGAUGUAGCCGCUUCAGAACCAAUAGAACAAGGACACUGGGCAAACUUGCCGCCAGAAUUGCUUUUGGAUAUAAUCCGGAGGGUUGAAGAGAGUGAAACAUCAUGGCCUGCGAGGAACGUUGUUGUUUUUUGUGCAUCGGUUUGCAAGUCAUGGAGGGAUAUUACGAAGGAGAUUGUCAAGACUCCAGAGGAGUGUGGGAGACUUACCUUCCCGAUUUCAUUGAAACAGCCGGGGCCACGGGAUUCUCCAAUUCAGUGUUUUAUUAAAAGGGACAGAGCAACUUCCAUAUAUCGUAUGUACUUUGGGCUGACCCCUUCGGAGAAUGAGAAUGAUAAAUUGUUGUUGGCUGCGAAAAGGAUCAGAAGGGCGACACGCACAGGAUUUUUGAUAUCUUUAGUUGCAGAUGAUUUUUCUCGAGCCAGCAAUACAUUUGUUGGAAAAUUGAGGUCUAAUUUUCUGGGCACCAAGUUCACCAUAUAUGAUAGCCAACCUCCAAAUGAUGCUGCAGUUCAACAGAACAUUCGGUCAAGUCGAAGAUUCCAUGCCAAGCAAGUUUCUCCAAAACUACCUGCAUGUAGUUACAGUAUUGCUACCAUCACAUAUGAGCUUAAUGUUCUCAGGACAAGAGGGCCCCGGAGAAUGCAUUGUGUCAUGCAUUCUAUUCCCGUUUAUUCUAUUCAAGAGGGGGGUGCUGCCCCAACACCUACAUCAUUCCCGCACUCCCCUAAUGAAAAUAUUUCUCCCUCAUUACCGGACUCAAAAGGAAUCGAGCCCGUCACAGAUUUCAGCUCCUCAAGCCUUGUAGCUUCUCCAAGAUCUGCCCCCGUCUUUGGAGAACCAUUGAUUCUUAAAAACAAGGCUCCUAGAUGGCACGAGCAGCUACAGUGCUGGUGCCUAAACUUUAAAGGCCGUGUUACCGUUGCUUCCGUUAAGAAUUUCCAGCUUGUGGCAGCUGUUGAUCAAUCUGACAAUGUGCCAACUGCUGAACAAGAAAAAGUAAUUUUACAGUUUGGAAAGAUCGGGAAAGACAUCUUCACCAUGGAUUAUCGUUAUCCACUCUCUGCUUUCCAAGCCUUCGCAAUCUGCUUGAGCAGUUUUGACACAAAACCAGCCUGUGAAUGAUAUCUCUGUGUUGUAGAUCAAGAUCAUCUUUUUGCUAAGUUGUUGCUUCCUUAACUCUGAAUAUGUUUAUUCUCUACUUAGAAGCUCAUCGUGCAUAUGGCCACAUGUUAAACAACUGACAAUCUUAACUGUAAGUUGCUUUAUGUAACGGCCAUUUAUGUUUAGCUGUGGGGUAUAAGUUUUUUAUGGCUUGCCUGUUGUCUUCAUUCUGAAACUAUAGAUAUUUAAUGUAUCAAGAUUAAUGAUUUAUAUCCAUUUAGCUGCAUUGGUUUGUGGUGACUA